UAAUAAUAUUAAUAAUAGGAGUAGAAAUGAGGAAAGUUGAAAUCACAAAACAAGUGAGCUAAUCAUUGCUCCCCUCUCUCCAAGAUUGCAUUUAAGAAGGUGCUUCGCAUUUGCAAGAAUGACAUUUUAAAUGAAGUUGUCUACUACUACUCUAAUUAGCUUGGGAGAGUGAUACCAACAAAUCUGUUUUAGUUUGUUGAUCAACAAGCUAACAAAGCUAGCUAAGUAACAUAUACAAAUUGUUAGUAUUAAAAGGCAUAGAUUAACAUGGCUUCUGAGAAGGUAGAGACGGUGGUUGCUGGUAACUAUGUCGAAAUGGAGAGGGAAGAAGGCCGGAAUCAGUCUUCAACUAAGACCAAAAUUUCAAACUUUUUCUGGCAUGGUGGUUCUGUUUAUGAUGCAUGGUUUAGCUGUUCUUCCAAUCAGGUUGCACAAGUGUUAUUGACAUUGCCAUACUCAUUUUCACAACUGGGGAUGUUAUCUGGGAUAUUAUUCCAACUCUUGUAUGGCUUGUUGGGAAGCUGGACAGCUUACCUUAUCAGUUUACUUUAUGUUGAGUAUAGAACCAGGAAAGAACGUGAAAAAGUUGAUUUUAGGAACCAUGUUAUUCAGUGGUUUGAAGUACUAGAUGGAUUACUAGGGAAACACUGGAGAAACAUAGGGCUAUUUUUCAAUUGCACAUUCCUGUUAUUCGGAUCAGUGAUCCAGCUAAUUGCUUGUGCUAGCAAUAUAUACUACAUAAAUGAUAGCCUGGAUAAGAGAACAUGGACAUACAUAUUUGGUGCCUGCUGUGCAACCACAGUUUUCAUACCUUCAUUCCACAAUUACAGAAUGUGGUCUUUCUUGGGUCUUAUUAUGACUACUUACACUGCCUGGUAUCUCACUAUUGCCUCCCUUGUUCAUGGUCAGGCAGAGGGAGUAAAGCACUCUGGGGCGGCCAGGUUGGUUCUGUAUUUCACGGGUGCUACCAACAUUCUCUACACUUUUGGUGGACAUGCUGUCACUGUGGAAAUAAUGCAUGCGAUGUGGAAGCCACAAAAGUUCAAGAUGAUAUAUUUGUUAGCAACAAUAUAUGUGUUAACCUUAACACUGCCAUCAGCAAGUGCAGUGUAUUGGGCAUUCGGAGACAUGCUUCUAGAUCAUUCCAAUGCCUUUUCUUUGCUGCCUAGGACUGCUUAUAGAGACACUGCUAUUAUCCUCAUGUUGAUCCAUCAGUUCAUAACAUUUGGAUUUGCCUGCACACCUCUAUAUUUCGUGUGGGAGAAAUUCAUAGGCGUGCAUGAAACAAAGAGCAUUUUAAAGCGGUCUUUUGCCAGGCUUCCUGUGGUAAUCCCUAUUUGGUUCCUGGCAAUUGUAUUCCCUUUCUUCGGACCCAUUAAUUCAACAGUUGGAUCACUUCUAGUUAGUUUCACUGUUUACAUCAUUCCUGCCAUGGCGCAUAUGAUCACUUUUGCUCCUGCAGCAGCUCGUGAGAAUGCAGUGGAGAAACCACUAUCAUUCCUAGGAGGAUGGGCAGGAAUGUACAGCAUCAACAUAUUUGUAGUGGUGUGGGUAUUUGUGGUCGGAUUUGGGCUUGGUGGGUGGGCCAGUAUGAUGAAUUUCAUACACCAAGUUAACACAUUUGGGCUUUUCGCUAAGUGCUACCAAUGCCCUCCUCAUAAGGCUAAAGCCUAAAGCCUAAAGCCUAAAGCCUAAAGCCUAAAGCUUCAAAUAUUUUAAUUAUUUUAGGUUUUCUUCGUGUAGGGAGCUAAGCAAAAUCAGUUGAUUAUAUAGUCCAGUCCGUAUGUAAUACAUAAACUCAUAAAGUGUGUAAAGUUUGGCGUUAUUUUUCUCUUGUAAUCCUCUGUCCUUGGCUGUUUUUACUUUUUAGUGAGCGAGCGAGGUUGUUUAAACCUUUGUUGUAUUUCUGCAAGUUGAUUGGUAACAAUGUAACAUACUACAUAUAGAUAUAUGUAAACUUGGGGGGGUUUUUCAUGAAA